GUUUUCUAAAGCCCCGCUAGUUUCAAACCUGAAUUAUCUCGUGUCUUAAGAUUUAUUAUUCAUAUAUUUUUAAAUAUUCCAUAUAUAUAUAAUUAUUGAAAAUUAUUAUUUAAAAAUGACUAGUGGUUAUCAAGUGAGCGAAGAAAGUGAUAACGAGCAAACAACAACAGCUGUGGCAACUGUGACAGCAACAACAAGUACUGCAGGUGCGCUUAUCGGCAGUGUAGGUGCUAAAAGCAACGAAAUUCCUGGGCAUAUUAGAAAAUUUGUGUUUACCAACCAGAAGACUGAAAAUUCAGGCGAUACUACUACUUUAUCAGAACCUUUAGAAAAAGUGGAAAUUCAAAUACCUGAGCUCUUACAAAGCGGUUACUCAUUCUACACUUGGCCGUGUGCUCCAGUAUUGGCUUGGUUUUUGUGGGAAAGACGUCGAAAUCUUGUAGGCAAGCGUGUUCUCGAAUUGGGUGCAGGCACAGCACUACCUGGUAUAUUGGCAGCUAAAUGCGGUGCACGUGUUAUACUCAGCGACAGUUGUAUAUUGCCAAAAUCAUUAGCACACAUACGAAAAUCUUGCUUAGCUAAUAAUCUUGUACCCGGACAAGAUAUUGAAGUUAUCGGCCUCAGUUGGGGUUUACUAUUGAAUAGUGUUUUCAAUAUAGGACCACUUGACUUGAUAAUAGGAGCCGAUUGCUUUUACGAUCCAAGUGUUUUCGAAGAUAUACUUGUAACCAUUUCAUUUCUACUUGAAAGAAAUACAGACGCGAAAUUUAUUUGCACAUAUCAAGAGCGAAGUGCUGAUUGGUCUAUCGAGGCGUUGUUAAAAAAGUGGAAGUUACGUUCAGUGCCUGUCAAUAUCGACAACUUGGGUAAAAGUUUUGGAGUUGAUCUCUUAGAAUUAAUGGGCAGUCACACCAUACAUCUGCUUGAAAUCACAAAGGAACGGUGA